UUUGGAUUAUUUUUUAAUAAUCCGACCUUUACCCCCUAUUCUUUUUUAAUGGUCCCAUUUGACUAGAAACCGGUUAAACCGGUCAAAUUUUGUUUUUUUUUUGUUUUAAAUACACGUGUCACUAUGCAAUUUGUCUAAAUUUUAAAUUAAAAAAAGAAAUUUUUUUUUUUAAUUUUUAAAUUUUGAUAAUUUUAAAAAAAAAUGAAAAAAAAACAGAAAAAAAUAAUCCCCACCACCAAUGCCAGGCUGCCACCAUUCCCUCUCCUCCCCUUGACGCAGCUCCCCUCCCCCAUCCCACCACCAGCCCACCAGACGGUCUCCGCAAGGGUUUGAUCGCUGUAACUCGCAACCUCCUCAAGCCAUUUCUUCUUCUUCUCUCUCUUUCUCUCUCCUCCGACAUUGUUGUUUUCAAGCUCCAAAAAUGGCGGCGAUUUGGAGAGCAAAGAUACCCCAAACUCAGCGAAUCUCGAAGAAGCUCGUAAAAGAGUUUUUGACUUCUUCAAAUUGGCCUGCCGAGCACUUCCUACUGUCAUGGAUAUCUACAAUCUCGACGAUGUUGCCACCAUCUCUCAGCUUCGCUCCACCAUUGCUUUUCAGAUCUGAAAGAAUUCUCAUGUCAGAGAUCCUAAGGUGGGUGGCUGGUGGGUUAAUUGGCUGGAAGUUAUGGUGGGUUAAAGAAGGGAAGAAGAAAGAGGAAAAGGGGGUGGUUUCAGGUGAAGGGAGAGUGGGGUUGCGGUGGUUUCAUAUGAAGGGGAUGGAGCUGUGGUGGUUGUUCGGCGGUUUUCAGUCGGGUAGGGGAAGGAGAUGGUGGUUUCCGGCUGGAAAGGGUGGUGGCUGAACUGGUGGGUGGGUUUGUAAUUUAUUUUUUUUCAUUAUUAUUUUUUCUUUAAAUAAAUUUGAUUUUUUUAAAUUUUUUUUUGACCAA